ACGGCUUGCGUCGACCUCCAAACAACCAAGGAGAAAAAGAUGAUCUGUAUCUGAAACUAUGGCAUGCAUGCGCGGGUCCUUCUGUUUAUGUGCCACGCGCUGGAGAAAAAGUUUUCUAUUUUCCUCAAGGUCACAUGGAACAGGUUGAGGCAUAUGUGAAUAAAGAUGGGACAAUGGAAAUGCCCAUCUAUAAUUUACCUUCUAAGAUCCUCUGCAGGGUGUUGCACGUCCAGCUUAAGGCUGAAACUGGGACAGAUGAGGUCUUUGCACAAAUUACUCUACUUCCAGAGGCAGAGCAAGAUGAGCUAAGUAUGGAGCAUAGAAAUUAUCAAGCCUUACCUCGAGUAGCUCAUUCACGGUUCUUUAGCAAGAAACUCACUCCAUCUGACACAAACACACAUGGUGGAUUCUCUGUUCCAAAGCGACAUGCUAAUGAUGGGUGUCUUCCGCCACUGGACAUGUCUCAGCAUACCCCACAGCAGGAAUUGGUCGUGAUUGACUUGCAUGGUUCUGAAUGGCGGUUUCGUCAUAUUUUUCGUGGUCAGCCAAAAAGGCACUUGCUUACCAGUGGUUGGAGUACAUUCGUGACAUCAAAGAAGCUUGUUGCUGGGGAUACAUUUAUCUUU